GCAACACAAGUGUCGGAUCUCUUUUGAUAUCCCCGCAGACAAAAAUGACGGACCAGAUCACCACCAUGGAGGGCGCAAUCCGCGCAGCGGAGCAGACGCUCGAGCACCUGUUCAACCCAACGCUGGAGCAGGACAAGCGUAUCCCCAUCGACUUGCUCCACGAAGCUAAGGGCCUGGCCUUCCUCACGGUCGUGAAGGCUGGCUUCAUUUGGACCGGCAAAGUGGGCACGGGUGUGGUCAUCUCCAAGCUUCCGGAUGGACGCUGGUCGGCUCCCAGCGCCAUUGGUACGGCUGGCAUGGGCUUUGGCGCUGAGAUGGGCGCGCAGAUGAUCGAAUUUAUGAUCAUCCUUAACUCGGACACGGCUGUAAAGAGCUUCAUGCAGAAGGGUCAGCUAUCGGCCGGUGCCAACCUCGAGUUCGCUGCUGGCCCAUACGGCCGCGCGGCUGGUGCCAACGCCAACUUCAGCGCCUCGGGUGUUGCCCCCAACUACACGUACAGCCACAGCAAGGGCCUCUUCGGCGGCGUGGGGUUGCAGGGAUCGGGCAUCAUGGCCCGAUCAGACAUUAACAAGCGCUUCUACGGCCGCGAGAUCACCCCCACUGAGAUCCUUACUGGUGCUGUAGAUCAGCCUGCCGCUGCUUCACAGCUGUAUGACGCGCUGCAGCGCGUGGUGAGCAUUCCGCCGUCGGGUAACGUGCAGAAUUUGAGACAGAAGCUCAUGUCGCCCUUUACGGACCGCAUGCCUGCUGCUGCCGUCGGUCCGGAUGUGCAGGUUGUGUACGACCGUGUGCUGCGACUCAUUGAGAGCAUAUCUGGCCCUGCUGGCGUGGAUGAGUUCAAGACCAGCUGCAAGGACUACGGCCAGAAUCGCUGCACGGACGACCAGUUCGUUACAUACCUGGACAGUAAGUUUACGCCCGAGCAGACUUUGGAGCUCGUUCCGGAGAUCGUCAAGCUCCUGCAGGACGCCAACAAGCGGAAAUACAUCUGGGACUACUACCUUAAGGCCAAGACUGAGCACGGCUCGCAGCCACGAUCGACGGGUGCUGCAGGUUCGCCUUCCCUCUUCUAAGACCAAAAUGUCAGUGCGAAUAACUAGCCCGAUUAGGUGAGCCAGCCAGUGGGUGUGCUAGUAGCAAGACAGUUAGCUAGGAAAGCGAUUAUUAGCUCUGCAGCCAUUCCUUUUAUCAGCUGCGUAUAAUUUAGCUAGCAUUUGAAUGCUACUAGUUGUGCUGUGUCUAUGCUGUACGGCAACCAGUUCUUCAUCGACUGACGCUCCUUGCACGGUGUUGGCGGGACAACUUACUACGAGGUGCGCCUCGAUCAAAGUAGUGGCCAAAUUCACGAUCUAGAGGAUCCAAUGGAGGGCCAUCAAAUGCUCCGACGACUUGGGGCAGCAAGGGCGAGUCGUCGAUGCCUGAGGAUUCUUCGUCGUCGGAAGAAGGCAGCGAUGAGUAGUAGAUCCAGCUCGGACAAAACCGCUCCUUGUACGUUUCUAACGACUGCUUGUUCGUGCCGUAAAUCACGGCGUUCAACAACGGUUGCAAUGGAUCGCACAUACUUUCCAUUACACCGAGGAACUCGUUCGGUGAGUGAUCGGUGCGGAAGAAUUGCACUAACCGAUGGAUGAUUCCCCAAAUCGAGCACAAGAAGAAGAUGCCCACGUAGAGUUUCACCUUCUCUCGGAAGCGUGAUGCCAUGGGAUCCAU